ACAUUUCCAGCGCCAAUUUCAUCCCGCCAUUUGAAACCCUCAAACUCACUCCCUUUCUCUCUCCUCAAUUUUCAGCUUCACCUCCUCAGAAGACAGUCGAUCCAAUCUUCGCUUUACUUCUCCGGUCUCCGUCACCGUCGUCGACACUACCAUUUUCAUCUUCAGGUAGAAAUCCAAGAUGACGCGAGAUGAGGCAAAAAACGACAGGGAUGACAUGUUAAUCGACGGUCCCGAUUAUCAAAACCCUAACCCUAAUUUGAUUUCCGACGGUUUCAAUGCUAGUUACCUCAAAGUUUAUUAUUCAAAGCUGUUUCCGUAUUCUGAUAUGUUCAAAUGGAUGUCAUAUGGAAAUGAUGGAAAGCACCCAGGAUGUGAUUCGUCCUAUUUUGGCAGAAGGGAACUUUCAUUCACGUUGGACAAUGAUAUAUAUUUGCGGUUUCAAUCUUUCAAAACUGCUUCAGAACUUGAAAGUGCAGUCAAGGAGAAAUGCCCCUUUAAAAUAGACAUUGGUCCUGUUUACAGUGUUGAUCCAUCGAAGAGACAUGCCUAUGCACAAACUGGGGACAACGUCUUCAAACCUGUGGAAAGAGAGCUUAUAUUUGAUAUUGAUAUGACAGAUUAUGAUGAUAUCAGAUAUUGCUGCUCUGGUGCUGAUGUAUGCCGGGACUGUUGGCCUCUGAUGACAGCUGCUAUUAAAAUUAUUGAUAUUGCUCUCAGAGAUGAUUUUGGUUUCAAUCAUAUCCUCUGGGUAUUUAGUGGUCGGCGUGGUGUACAUUGUUGGGUUUGUGAUGCAAAAGCAAGAAGGUUAACGAAUGAACAACGAGCUGCUAUUGCUGAGUAUUUUCACGUGUACAAGGGCAACGAGAAUAGUCAGAAAAAGGUUUCCUUAGGGGGUCCAGGUCUUCAUCCAUUUCUCGUGAGAUCAUACACUGAAGUUCUAAAGAAAUUUUUUGAGGAGACAUAUCUUAGUAGUCAGAUGCUUCUUUCUUCUGAAGAGAGAUAUGAGAAGGUUCUAGAGAUGAUUCCUGAUGAAUCUAUUACUUCUGAACUUCGGGGGAAAUGGCAGGAUAAUAGACGAUCAUCUAAAGAAGACACCAACGUUUUCCGCUGGGGUCAGCUAAAGCAUGUCCUUCAAUCUGGGAAGCAGAAGGGACAAGGACUUCGCAAGUGUGUUGAAGAGAUUGUAUUCUCUUAUACAUACCCCAGGCUAGAUAGUGAGGUCACUAAGCAUAUGAAUCAUUUAUUGAAGGCCCCAUUCUGCGUGCACCCCAAAACAGGUCGUGUAUGUGUUCCUAUUGAUCCCAACAACUGUGAGGAUUUUGAUCCUACCAAUGUACCAACCCUUUCUCAGCUUCUGGAAGAACUUAACAGGGAAAGUCUUGGAGAGGAUGUUGAAACAGACUUGGAGAGAACUUCGCUUGGCAAAUCAAUCGCUCUUUUCAGGUCAUCAUUCUUGCAGCCCCUAUUGAAAUCGUGCAAGGAAGAAUUGGAAGAUUCCUAUAACAAAAAACUUCAGCAGAGCAAGGAUUCACUGACUUGGUAGAUGUUUCUAUUCGGUUUAUCUCGAUUCUAGAUUUUUCUUCUGUUCUCUGCUGUGUCUAUGUAAGUGUCUAAAUUAUGUAUGUAUAAUUUGUUAUUUAGUCAGUAGGAGAUAAAAUGUACUACAGAAGUGCCCUGCAGUCCAGGUCAUAACAUUUGAUGGAUACUCUUCUAUUUCAUUACUAUCUAUAAAGUUUAUGGCAACAUAAAUCCGUGAAGCUUUACGA